CACCGUUAUGCGUCACAUGUAUUAAUUCUGAAUUUCGUAUGCGCGCUUUGAAAGCUAGCAAGCUGACAGAAAAAAAACACGUGAGAAAAUUUGACAUUAUAUCAUCAUCAUUGAAUGAGAGAAGAAUUAUAUUGUUUUAAGAAUUAAAAGGUUUUUAAAAGGAAAUCGGUAAGGACACAAUGGGAAAGAAAAAGCACAAGCCUACAGCUGACCACACGAGAAAUAAAAGAAAAGGCCAUGAGAAAAAGGUCAAUCCAUUUGAAGUGAAAGUAAACAGACAAAAGCAUGAUGUUCUUGGUAGAAAAAUGUCAAAGUUUGACAAAGGAAUGCCUGGAGUGUCAAGGUCAAAAGCAACAAAGAAGAGGAAGGCAACAUUGCUGAAGGAAUAUGAACAACAGUUCAAGAAAAAUCGUUUUGUGGACAAGAGAAUUGGAGAACAUGACACAGGACUGUCACUGGAGGAGAAGAUGAUGAAAAGAUAUGCCAUGGAAAGAUCUAAAUCUUCAGUAAAGAACAAGUUCAACCUGAAUGAAGAAGAGGAGUUGACUCACUAUGGUCAGUCUCUAGCCGACAUUGAGAAGUUUGAUGAACCAAUCAUCAGUGAUGAAGAAGAAGAUGAUGAUGACAGAAGGGCAGCUGCUAAGCUGGUUGCCCAAGAACAUUUUGGAGGUUUCUUACAGAGGAGGAACCCAGAUGAUGAAAAGAAGUCUUGGAAAGAAAGAAUGGAAGACAUGAUAAAGGAAUCAAAAAAGAAGAAGCAUGAGAGACAGAUGGAGAAAGAAGAGACAGUUCAAAUGACAGAAGAACUGGAUGAACAAUGGAAGUCACUGCAUUCCCUCAUCAGUAAAAGUAAAAUGAAGGGUAAGAAUGAAGAAGAUGCAAAGAAAACAGCAGACGACUAUGAUAUAGCUGUCAGAUCAUUACAGUUUGAAAUGAAAGGGCAGGCAACAGACAGGUUGAAGUCUGAGGAAGAACUGGCCAAAGAUGAAAAAGAAAGACUUGAAAAACUAGAGGCUGACAGGAUCAGACGUAUGAAAGGACUCACAGAGGAAGAAAGUCGACCUAAACCUAAACACAGAUCAGCUGAUGAUCUAGAUGAUGGGUUUGCUUUGGAACCACAAGACUUUGACUAUGUCAGUUACAAGGAUGGUGAGUUAAAUAAAGAAAAGACUGAUGAUGACAGUGAUGGUGAUGACGAUAAUGUUAGUGAACCUGGAAAUAGUGAUCAUGAAGGUGAUGAUGAAGAUUGUUACAUAGAUGAUGAUAAUGAUGACAUGAAUGAAAAGCCCAAAGAAGAUGAUGCCGGUGAUGAUGAAGAUGAACAAAAUGUUGCAGAAGAUGAUGACAACAGUAGUUCUGAUGCGGAGGACAACUAUGAAGACUUAGAGUCUGAUCGUGAAGAAGAUGUUGAAAAUAUACCUGAAGAUGUGAAACAACAGAAAAAGGUUGAAGAUAAACUUAGGCUUACAAUGAUUGAACAAGCAAAGAAGGAAUUACCCUACACAUUUAAAGCACCAGCAUCAUAUGAUGAACUGUUAGAUAUCCUGGAGGGACAUAACAUGGAGGACCAGUUAACCAUUAUAGAAAGAAUAAGAAAAUGUCACCAUCCCAGCUUAGCUGAGGGAAAUAAACAAAAGCUAGAGAAACUGUUUGGUCAUCUGGUACAGUUCUAUGGUGACCUGUGUAUACAAGAUCCUCCCCAAGUAGACUUUGCAGAUAGGUUGGUCACUCCACUGUACGAGCUCACCCAGAUGUCACGGGAAAUCGCUGGAACAGUUAUCACAGCCAAUCUUAUGAACAGACAGGAAGAGUUUGCCGAGAUAUGUCAGAAGAAGGCAGGGCGAGGACUCUAUCCUGGUCUAGACACACUGUUACUUUUCAAGUUGGUCUCCAUACUGUUCCCAACAUCAGACUUCCGACACUCGGUGACGACACCAUCAUUGUUGUUCAUGUGUCAGGUCCUGGGUCAGUCAUCAGUCCACUCUGGUAGAGAUGUUGUUGCUGGCCUUUUCUUGUGCAAUCUUUGUCUUGAGUAUGUAUCCAUGUCCAAAAGAUAUAUCCCUGAAGUAAUCAAUUUCCUACAUGGACUGUUGUUUUAUGCUGCUGAUAAAGAAACUAAUAAAAUUGAAUCUGUGAUACCUCCAUUUAAACCUGUUGGAAAAAGCAUCAGCUUGUUACAUAUAUCAAAUGAAGUUAAAAGUAUAAAACAUGAGAAGUGGUCUUUGUCGGAGAUGUUAGCACCAGUAGUUGAAGAAAAUCUCUAUGGGACAGAUCAGUUUAGAAUCACAUCAAUAUGCCGGUGUUUUCGACUGCUGUCAGAGUACAGAAAAUUAUACUGUGAUUUAUCAUCCUUCAAGGAGAUCUUUACUCCAGUGUUGUAUAUGUGUCAUAAACUACCCAAACAUAAAUAUCCCACAGAAUUACAGAAUAUGAUUAAUGAUUUCACUGCUAGCUGUGAGGAGCCCUGCAACAGGAAGAAGGCACCAUUGGUAAUGCAGAAAAAGAAACCAAAACCUCUCAAAAUGUUUGAACCCAAGGUGGAAGAAAAGUUUGAUGGAAGAAAGAAGGGCAGGCGUGGUACAAGAGACUUUAAUGAGAAACAAAAAAUGAUCCACAAAUACAAGAAAGAAAUGAAAGGUGCUGUAAGAGAACUAAAGAAAGACACAAGAUUCCUGGCAAGACAGAAACUGCACGAGACGAUGGAAAAAGACUUUGAGAGAAAACGUAAAGUGAAGGAGAUUAUGGGUGGUCUGGCACAUCAGGAAGGAGAUUAUAAGAAAAUGAAACGUGGAGUUAAACCAGAGUGAUUUGACAUGGUCUAAACAUGUAGUUAAUGAAUACUGCAUUUUGGAUAAUAAUGCACUAUGGUGUUGGUUUCACAGGUAUUCACAUAUAGAGGAAGUUGUGAAUUCGAAACAGCUGUGAAUAUAAAGAAGCAUUAUAUCCAAAAGAAUAGCCAGCUCUGAGGUACAUGUUCUUCACAAGGCAGCUAGGGCUCUUUUCUAUCAAAUUGCAGUGGUGCGAAAAAUAACUGACAUACAAUAGUUACCAGGCUUUUGUAGUCUGGUGGAAAAGGGGAAAAGUGUUGGAUUGAUAGUUGAGUAGUUUGUCAUGUUGAUCAACUAAUUGGGCCAUAAAUAUUUGUGAAAAUUUAAGAGACUUCUGCCAAUAAGUUAGCUUUUGCAUCUACAUGUACUUCUUGCUGGGAAAUCAUAAAUUGAUCAGCGGAGACUGAGUUACGUCUGGUACAAAAUCUGGGAACAUUUAGAUUGUCUUGUUUUACUGAGAAGGAGGUGUGACAAAAUAAGUUACUGGUGAGGUUAGAUAAAUGUAAGAAUAUCAUUCUAUAGAAAUUGACAUCAAGUACCUGUCUUUAUUGCUAAUAUUCUAAUGCAAAAUAACAUUAACUUGGUGUUGGUUUAAAAUUGUUAAGAAAUAUUAAUUUUACAGUGAAUUACCAAACAUGUAAUUGGUCUAUAAUGAAAUAAAAAUUUUUAGAUAACAUACCUGUUUGAUUGGCUGGUCCACUGGCAAGUAGAAAGAACAAAGUAAGGGCAAUUACAGGCUACUGACCUCAGAUUACUUGCCCUUAAUCUCUGUAUGUUCAAGCCCCGCUGGGUCCUAGUGUUAAUUCAUACACUGGGCAUAUCAAAGAUUGAUGGUUCUGCUUGGGUUCCUAUUUAUGACUGAAAUAGUGCUGUGAGGGGCUUCUAAUGCCUUCCUCAGCGAUUAAGCUAGAAUUGCUUGUAAAACCUGAAUUGAGUUGGUGUCAUUUGUAACAAAGCAAAUCAACUACCCAACCAGAGGUAAGGGAGUAUGUGGAAUAAUGCAAUUCACGGUUCAAGGUGCAUAAACAAAAGGAAGAUUUAGUAAAAAUUGGUUAUACAGACUCAUGAAAUGAAAUUGUUAGUUUAUUUUUGUUUUAAAUUGAUUAAAAAAUUAUUAAUGGUAAGCAUUUUGUUAAGAUUUUAUGUAUUUUUUCUGAUGAAUUAAAAUGAUAUUACUAGA